AUGCUGACCCUGGGCCCGCCGCUGGUGCCGCCGAGCACGCGCGUGGAGGUGCCGGUGGAGCGGGUGGACCUCGGCCAGGCGCGAGAGGAGGCCGCCGCGCUGCCGUGGUCGUACAGGAUGCAGAACCCGGAGGCCUCCCGGGAGGCGCCCGCGGCCGCGGUGGCCCCGCGAGGGCUGCCGGGCCAGGGCGCGGCGCCCGGGGCUUGCGCCUGCCCGCAGGAGUUCCACGCGGCCCCGCCCUCCUCGACGGCGACCUCCUCGGCCACGGGUCGGCUCACGCCCGCGCCGCGCGCCUCCGCGGAGGCGGCCGGCGCAUCCGUCGACUCGCUGAUCCCUCGCAAGCUGAUAGACCUGCGGGCCGAUGACCCAGUGGCUGCGAUGGCAGACACCACGUUGAGGAAAGCCAGGGGGUCUGGGUCUGUGGCUGCGGGGCACGCUGAGAGCGCGUCCGAGCGCUGCGCCGCGCUCCUCUCCGCCGGCGGCUGGCGCGGGGACGACGGACGCCGCGCCUCCCGCGAGGGAAUCGAACUCGAGGAGGCAAAGGUGCGAAACAUCGCGGCGCCUGCGUCGGUGUUCCAGCCUCGGCUCGAGGCCGUCGCCAUAGCAGUCCUGUAG